AUGCAUUGUCCAUAUUUCACGAGGUUCAUUCUAACGAUAGAAACUAUUCACAAGGCUGAUCGUGGUUUAUCAGAAAAUGUGCAUGGCCUCACUAAAGAGCAAUUAGCCGUUCGGCAGAUCGAAAUGCUUGAUAUAGUUUCAUCUACGAGUGAUUACUGGAGUUACGUUAUUGGAACUAGCGGCUUUGAUUUUUCUCAGUUCAAAUCGGAUCAAACUUCACGUGGCCCACUAUUAGAUGGAUGGCAGGAUGAAUGUAAUCCGGUUAUGACGGCCUAUAAGUUGGUAACAAUAGAUGCUCCUUACUGGGGCUUUGGCAGCAGGAUCGAACAAGCUUUGCUUGCGGGAGAAAGGGCACUUUUCAUUGAGAGUCAUCGAAAUUGUUUUGGUUGGAUAGACGAAUGGUUUGGUCUCACUCUGGACACGUUACGUGAGUUAGAGAAACAAAGCGAUUCUUCUUUAAACCAGAAACUUGGUCGGACUUGUGUACUUGCGCACGAGCAGGAAUAG